GGAGCAGGGCUCAGGAUGCUGGCGGCCGUCGGGAGUCUCCUGCGCCUCCUCCCGGGGCGCACCUUCCGCUGCGCCCCGUGGGCUCCUCGAGAAGCCCCACGACGGCGGGUCGCGGCUCCCAGUUCCCAGGGUCUCCUCCGUUACUCCAGCAGCGGGACCCCCAGCGGUUCUGGGCCUCAGGGUCCCGCAGGGAAGGUUCAUAAGGUCCCCGCCGAGCACAAGCCUUCCCAAUUCGACAAGAAGAUCCUGCUGUGGACCGGGCGUUUCAAAGCGAUGGAGGACAUCCCCUCUCGAAUCCCGCCAGAAAUGAUAGAUGCUGCAAGAAACAAAGCUCGAGUGAAAGCUUGUUAUAUAAUGAUUGGACUCACAAUUAUCGCCUGCUUUGCAGUGAUAGCAUCAGCCAAAAGGGCUGUAGAAAGACAUGAAUCUUUAACAAGUUGGAACCUGGCAAAGAAAGCUAAGUGGCGUGAAGAAGCUGCAUUGGCUGCGCAGGCUAAGGCCAAAUGAUACUCUAAGUGAGGAAGAGUUGAUCAGAAUAUCAUCACUAUUAUAAGCAACAAUAAAAGAUAGGUAAAAUAGAAUAUUUAACAAAAUAUUUGCCAUAGCAUUUUUAAAGUGACAAGAAGCACAGAGAAGCACUCUAUUUUUACUUUUUAGUAAACUUUUAUUGAAACAUACAUUCAGACAAGGACACAAUAAAUAGAUUUCACAGAGCGAGCACACCUGCGUAACCACUGCCCCGGUCAAAACGCAGGACAUCAGCAGCACUUC